AUGGCGCAAUCCAAGGACGACUCUAUCCGGCCUUUCAAGGUCACUAUCCCACAGUCGGAUCUCAAUGACCUACAAACUCGCCUUCGGCUGACCAGAUGGCCAGACAAAGAGCCUGUUGACGACUGGUCCCAAGGUGUCCCGCUUGCCGCUAUCCAAAACCUUUGCAACUACUGGCAAACAGAAUACGAUUGGCGACGAUGUGAAGCCUUGCUUAAUUCAUAUCCCCAGUUUACAACGACCAUUGAUGGAGUGGAGAUAUACUUCUUACAUAUCCAGUCAAAGCACGAGAAUGCUACGCCUCUCUUACUAACGCAUGGUUGGCCGGGCUCAGUUCUUGAGUUUAGGAAUGUGAUCGAUAAACUUGUUGAUCCUGAAUCACACGGAGGCUCCUCCGAAGACGCGUUUCACCUCGUUAUGCCAGCACUUCCGGGCUAUGGAUUUUCUGGAAAGCCAAAAGAGAUUGGAUGGGGGCAUGAACGCACUGCCUAUGCAUGGGCAGAGUUGAUGGGGCAUCUGGGCUACCAAGAUAGUGAAUGGGUGGCUCAAGGCGGAGAUUGGGGAGCUUUCGUAGUUGCGAGUCUUGGUCAUCAAGCUCCAAAAGGACUUAAGAGUGUCCACUUCAAUUCCAUCUACUUCGAGAACAAGAAAGAAGUCCAGGUUCCCAUCAAGGAUACCCAGGGUGAAGAACGAGCCAUGCGCCUGGAUAAGUUUCGCGACACUGGUUUCAAAGGGUAUUCUCUAGAACAAUCAACAAAGCCCCAAACCGUCGGGUAUGGACUCACAGACUCUCCUGUCGGACAGGCUGCUUGGAUAUAUGAAAAAUACCGAGAUUGGACCCAUCAUGACGGUGAUGUAGAGGCUUUAUUUAGCAAAGACGAGAUGCUCGACACGAUCAUGCUUUACUGGCUCACCAACUCUGCCACUUCGUCUGCGCGAUACUAUUGGGAGUGUGCAUCCAGUACGACUGCGUGGGAGAUACACAUCCCAGUCGGCGUGAGCUGGUUCGGUGGUGAUAACAGUUUUGCGCCAAAGGAAUGGUGUGAGCGUUAUUAUAAAAACAUAGUUCAUUGGAAUGAGUUGCCGAGAGGUGGCCACUUUGCGGCUUGGGAACAGCCCGAUGCGUUUGUUACAGAGAUACGUGACUGGCACAAACAGAUCAGGUGA